CACAGCGACGGAGAAACAGAGACAGAGAAAAGCCAAUGGCCGCUGACCGCCCGCAGCACAGCACAGGAAAGAUAACUGAUUUCAACCAGUGUUGAAGCUACAAGACAAAGCGUUCUGGCCAGUCAGUCAUGAUACCAAUAUUAUGUUCAUUGGUCGUGAACGUAGUAUUCAUCUGCAACGAUUUUUUUCGAAGUAGGCAUUCAGACGGUAUAGACAGCGUUGUAUGGAAACCUCUCCUAUGAUGCCAGUAUCUGGACUUGAACUGCCAGAUGAGAGUGGUGUAAAAGAGAGUAGUCUUGAUACCAUGGAGGAAGAGGACUUGUCAGAGUUGUGCCGGAAAGGCAAGGCUAAAUCUCCAAAAGCAACUUCACAAUCGUCCAGAAAAUCUCCUCGUUUGUUGGCACAAGAAACUGUUCGGAAUCUUCGGAACAGUACCAUUGCCAAGCGUUCCAGUCCGGCUAAUUUAUCCCCUGUAAAGAGGAAGGAACCAAUGAAAAACCCUUCUGCUGGAACUAGCACAUCAAAACCACAAGAUCAGCAGGAAAAGCCAGCCAAGCAAAAAACUGAAGCAACGGAUAAACCACAGCAAGAGAACGUGUCCGAGAAUCUGCAAAGCGAUGAGCUAACGGAUUGUGGAACUGCAGAAUCGGAAUCUGUAGCUUCGAGGAGGCUUACACUGAGAUCGAUGGGAAAGUGUGUUGUUCCUGACAGUGAACUUGAAAGAAGUCCUGGAAAUUGCAAAUCUCCAGAAGAACAACCAUCAGACCAGAACAUGGAGUUUGUUUCAGAAACGUCGUGUUGCAGAGAACCAUUGAUGGUCUUAGAGCCAGAAGAAACUCCUCCAGCUACCUUGGUGGAGGAGGUGGAUAAUGUCCAAUCUGGAGAAGUACAAGUUGAAUCAGGAAGUCCGAAUCCAAUUGAGUCUGCUUUGGAAUUGCCAUGUUCCUCAAAAUCACUAACAGAGAUGGAGACGGACAUAACUCAGGAUUCUAUGAUGGAGAGUGCUGAUGUUGAGAAAGUUGCAAAUGACAACACUGAUGGGGACGUGAAAGCAGAAUCUACAGAUAACAGUUCUCUUAAGUCUGCUUUGGAAUCGCAGCAUUCUACAAAAUCAUUAAUAGGCCCAGAGGAAGUUGAAAUGCUGCAGGAUGAUACAUUAGCUGAUGAUCUUCAAACAAUUAUUGAAAGUGAUGUCCUUUGUCGAGACAUCCAAACUGCUGUUGAAGAGCUAAAAGACUAUAUAGAAGAGCAGAAUACACAACUGAAUGCAAAUGGCAAAAAUGCAGUUACUGAUGUCAAUGAACAGAAAGAUGAACCAAAUGAGUUGGACCCAGUUACACCAAAAAUUGGAACCCAGGGUGUAAGUUAUGUGGAAGACCUUCUACCUAAAGUAGAAGACAAAUUAGAGAAUAUGGCGGGUGAAGAAUUAGACAUACCCCUUGAAUUAAUUACUUGUAUAAAUGCUGCAUGUGAGAAAGAGGCAUUUGAUACACCAAGUGCACUGACUUCAGGUGCUGACAUCAGUGAAGUUGUCACAGAAAAUAUUUCAUCUGCCGCUGAGGUGAUUAAAAAUGAACCUGAACUCAUUGUUUCAGAAAAAAAUGACGAUGCGAUUCCAAAGGAAAAUCUUGAGCCAGGAAUGAAGCAACCUACUUCCUCAGAGGUCAUUGACAUAUCUAUUGUUAGUGAAUCUGAAGGAGAUGAUGGCUCUAGUAGUGAUCCCAUGAUUUUGGGGAAGAUACAAGAUGAAACAACUGAGCAACAGAUGGAUAUGAAGAAUGAAGACAUUGGGGAUCUUUCAGAAAACAAGGAGCAAGAGGAAGGGGUUGCUGAAAAACCCACUGAUGGGAACGAUUCAUUGCAGGAGAAACCAAAAGAAACCUUUCCGCAGCCCAAGAAAUCCUCUUCAAAACAUGAGAAGGCCGCAUUGAAGCCUCAGCCUAAACUUGCACAAGAAACUGCAAAACCGGAGCAGACUGACAAAGUUCAUCAUCCGGAGAGAAAAAAAGCAAAGUGGGAUAUUCAGUCCUCUGAAACACUUCAACAAUCCAAACCCCAUACAUUAUCUGUAACUAAACGAAAGGCUGUAGACCAAGAUGUACAUCACCCUCACAAACCUGUUAAGUGUCUAAAAACACAACUUGCACAGGAUGCAAAAGCCAAAAUUGAGCAGCCGCAGAAGAAAAGCUUUUGUAAACCAUCUCCGGAUUCCCAGGCAGGAAGAAUGCAGACUGCAUUUCACGAUAAAUCUAAAAAAACAAUCCAGGUCCCUAAGCAUGGCUCUAAACCUAUUCCCAGACUGAGUCAUACUUCAGCCAAGCAGUUGACUCAUUUUGGCCAGAAGAGUGUUGCUUCAACAGCAGGUAAAAUCGUUUCUCAACAGGGAGAUACUACAAAGGAAAAAGACAAAGGAAAAGUGGUGGAACUUUCUUCUGAGGAUGAUAAAGAGAAACUGAAAGCAAAAAGGAGCGAGAAAGGGAUUGCCCCUCGGCAGAGAAGGAGCAGUAAAAGCUUGUCGCUGGAUGAACCACCUUUGUUUAUUCCAGACAAUUUACCUGCAGUCAAAAAGGAAGGUGAUGUAGAGCAUUCCACAGAUAUUCCAACCCCUGAACUAUGGGAUCCCAAAAAGUUAUGUGGGUUUUGUAAGAAAGCUCACAAUAGCAGGUUUAUGGUGGGCUGUGGAAGAUGUGAUGAUUGGUUUCAUGGAGAUUGCGUUGGACUGUCGCUUACUCAAGCACAGCUACUGGAGAAAGAAGACAAAGAGUACAUUUGUUUAAAGUGCUGUGCCGAGGAGGACAAAAAGAUCCUACCAGUCAAUCACAGCCACACAAUCAAACAUCAGACUUCACAGGAUGACACGGAAAAAUCAAAACCAGAAUUAUCCUGCGAGAAUGUGGCACAUUUAAAAAAUGAAAAGCCAAGCCGUGCAGAAGAGCGAGAUACGACAAUGACAGGUCUGAAACCAAAAAGUGAAAUGAUAGAAAAAACUGAGCUCUCGUUAAAUGACAAAAAGCACAAAGUCAAAAUUUUAAAAAAGGGCCCUUCUGCAAGGACCAGUUCUACUGAAUCUAAGGAUUCGGAGAGCAGGGAUACAAAACGAACACAUUUGGUAAAUGAACGGUCUCCAGGACAGAUAACGAUGAGCACAUCCCAACCACCAGAAGACAGGAAAGACAAGUUGCUCAAAGAUCCUUCAGCCCCCCGGCUCGGUCAAGGGGAAAAACCUCCAAAACUAGACCUAAAAGAAAAGCAACUGGCAAAGAAGAAACUCGAGAAAACAGCAUCGAACAGUGCUUCAACCCCAGCUAAUCCUUCCACAGCUCAACCAACCGUGGAGCAAAUUAGACAGAAUGUCCGCCAUUCUCUAAAGGAUAUUCUUGCUAAAAGACUUUCACAAACUGAUAUGAAGAUUCCAGAGGAACGAGCUACAAAGGUUGCAGGCAGGAUUGAGCGAGAGCUCUUUUCUUUCUUCCGGGACACGGAUACCAAAUACAAGAGCAAAUACAGAAGCUUAAUGUUCAACCUCAAAGAUGCUAAAAAUCAGGUGUUGUUCAAACGAGUGUUAAAAGGUGACAUCACACCUGGUCAUCUAAUUCGGAUGAGUCCUGAGGAGCUGGCAUCCAAGGAGCUAGCUGCCUGGAGAAAAAGAGAGAACAGACAUACAAUUGAAAUGAUUGAAAAGGAACAAAGGGAAGUUGAAAGACGACCAAUCACAAAAAUAACCCACAAGGGAGAGAUAGAAAUUGAGAGUGAAGCACCACCGAAAGAACCUGAAACUGUGGUUGUAGAGGAGGAUGAGCCAAAGGUUGUGGAACCAAAGCCAGUUGUUGAGAAAUUGGAAGAUAAUGAUGAAGAGACCACUGUGGAAGAUGUGAAUGACACGACAUGUCAUCACAAAAAACACCUAUUUGAUCUGAAUUGCAAAAUCUGCACAGGUCGCAUGGCUCCACCCGUUGAGGAACUGUCUCCCCCCAAAGUGAAAGUGGCUUCAAGUGUGACAAGACGGCAGUCAGAGAUUGAAGUAGAACCUAACCUUUUAGCAGAUGCUCUUCCCUCUGCUUCUAGCAUUUUGCCUUUUGAUAUGACAGUUGAAGAGAGACCAGAAUCAUCACAACCAUCUGUGUCCAGGUCCGAUACAUUGGAUGCUCCAGAGGACGAAUCAAGAUUUCUGGCUCGAUUAGAUUCUCUCUGGAAGGGAUUUGUCAAUAUGCACAGCGUGGCAAAGUUUGUCACUAAAGCUUACCCUGUCUCCGGCUCAGUUGAACACCUAACCGAGGAUUUACCAGAUACUAUCCAAGUAGGGGGAAGGAUUCCCCCUCAAACGGUUUGGGACUAUGUGGACAAGAUAAAAGCUUCAGGAACUAAGGAGAUCUGUGUGAUUCGCUUUGCUCCAGUAACUGAAGAAGAUCAGAUAACAUACACCUCAUUGUACGCAUACUUCAGUAGCAGGCAGCGCUAUGGAGUAGUAGCCAACAAUGUGAAGCAGGUUAAAGACAUGUAUCUCAUUCCAUUGGGUCUCUCGGAAAAAAUUCCUUACAGGUUAUUGCCGUUUGAUGGCCCCGGUCUAGAGUUAGCUCGCCAGAAUCUUCUCCUUGGAUUGAUAAUACGGCAAAGGAUAAAAAAGUUGCACAGUACCUCAGUUUCUGAAGAAGCAUCAGAAUCUGACAAGGCGGUUGGUAACGUCCCUCAAGAGAAGAAAAGCAAAGUUGAGUAUGUUAAUGAUGAAGAUGAAGUUGAUGAUGAAGAUGAGAACCAAUUCUUUAAUUCCUUCACUUCUGUCCUGGCUAAAUUUAGAAGCAAGCCCAAGCAAUUGCCACCAGUUGUGGAACCUCAGAUUCCCAAACCACCUGUUGAAAUACCAAUAGAGCCUGUUAUUAUUCCAUCCACAAAACCCUUAAGAUUUCUACCUGGAGUUUUGGUUGGUUGGGAAAAUCAGCCCGAUUCUCUUGAACUGCCCGACAAACCGCUGGAUGAUAUUCUUCAGAGUUUAUUAGGAGAGGCCAAUAAAGAAAUUGAGCAAUUACCCAUGUCUGGUCUUGGACCUGAUUUGGGAGAACCUGCAACUGAUGACAAGACAGAUCCGGAAAUAUUGGAAAAAUUACUUCCUGAUAAAACCAGUGAAGAUCAAGGUCCCGUAGAGAGUAAGUUGGAAGAUGAUCAAGAGGAAACUGAGCAGCCUAAUAAAGAUUUGUUGGAGGAUACCAACGUUGAAGCAAAUUCAAAGGCAGACGAGUGUUAUCCAGCUCUUACUCUCAAAGACAAGCCACCGGAUGUUCCGACGGAAAUAUUUCUUUCAAGUCUGGCACCUCUGAAGUCCCAACCGCCGGAUCAGAAGGAAGAGCAGGAGAAACUUCGGCAUCAGUUUAAGGUGAAAAAGGUUAAAGUGGAGAACUCAAAAGAACAAAAAGAAGAUUUAAAUGCUUCCACAUCUCAACCUGUGACUCCCAUACCUGAUUUAGCAUUAUCUGAGCCCACUACCAAUGAUGAAGAGGUGGUAGAUUCUGCACAAGGAGCUAGUCCUUCUGUUCUGGCAAAUGUUUCUCCUGAAUCUGCUCAAAUUUCCAGAGUUGCUCAGUUACUAAACCUCUGCAGGGAUCCACGCCAGGCAGCUGGUCGCAACCAACAAAGUAAUUCUGCAAUAGGCAAGCCUGUGGAAGAAAAGAGUACAGGAGAACAACAACUGGAUAACUCUGGGGAUAAUACUGUCGAUAAGAGCUUGCACAAGGAAGAUGGAGAAGAUAAUAGUGACAACCUCUUGGAACCUGAAGAAGGAGAAUGGACAAUAACUGACGGUGCAGAUGAACCGGUGCAAGAGUCCAUUGAACAGGGACCAGGAAAAAUGUGUCACACUGCGCUGAUUGCUAGGUCACGCUUUCAGCUCAUAUCAAAUCCAACAAGACAAACAGAAAUUCUACGUUCACUGCAUAAGGGAGAAGGUCAGCAUACCCCAAACACCAUACAAACACAUACCAUUGAAACUGUGCAGUCAAUUCGAAGAGAACUUCCUCCAGGAACUCCUCUCCUUGGGCCACACCCUGGCGCUCACUUUGAUUUUGCCUCCCAACUCAUUGCCAACCACAACCAAUCUCAUGGGCCAACAGUUUCAACAGUAUUGCAAGGCGGUGGCUCUUCAAUGAAUCCAGCAGCCGGCAGAGGCAACUACCCUCCAUCACUACUUGAGCUGCGUACCUUUCCGCAACUUCAAGGCAAUUCUGGCUUUCCAUUUCAAGGAGGCCUCCUUAAUGCAAAUUUCCAAACACAAGGUAAUUCCAUGCCUUCAUUUAUGUCUGGCCGGCCCCCGCCUCUACUUCCAUCACCAUAUCGUCUUCAAAAUCCUCAUUUGAGGUUUCAUUCUCCAGACCCUGGUGCAGCACAUGCCUUACUCCCAAACCAUAUGGUGCCUUGGCCACCACCGAUCCCUUGUCUACCGCACCACCAUAUGGGGCUUAUGCAUCUCGGAGCUGGGCAAACAAUGCCAUCUUUCCCUGCUGACCAUUCAAAUGAUGCUAACAGGUAUAUACCAAAUUCAGGAACACCAAAUUUUCAGCCCAUCAAGGAUGAUCACAGACAAGAUCAUUGGGAUAGACAUAGCCAACGGUCAGAAUCUAGUCUUAGCAAAGACCGAGGCAGUCGCCAUAGACAAAGGCUUUAUAGUGAAUCUUACCAUCGAAGAAAGGACAGGCAUAAGGAAAGAGAAAGAGAGCGGGAUAGUUAUUGGGAACGAGAUAGGGACAAAUACAAAGAAAAGGAUAGAGAUAAAGAAAGAGACCGAGAUCGAGAGAGGAGAAGUCAGGAUAGGCAUAGAGACAAAGAUCGUGACCGACAUAGGGAACGUGAACGAAGCCGUGAUGGCAUGGACUCAAAGAGAGAACGGAGCAAAGAAAGAGAUCGGGGGAGAUCUGAAAAUGACGAUAGUGACCAGGAGCGGGGAAAGGGAAGAAGCAGGGACAAGGACAGAGAGAAGGUCCAUGAAAAGGAAAAAGAUGCGGAAAGAGAUCGACAACACAGGGGUAAAGACCACGAUAAAAGGGACCGCAGUGACAGAAGCAAACGCAGGAAGAGAAGGAGUUCUUCGGAGUCGAAUACGGACUGAAGCUUCCGAACUGAACCAAAAAAUUGAAUCUGUUCACUCUGUCCUGAUGUUUGGGAGGAGAAAUGAUUGGUAUUUCUGUACUUGUCCACUGGGAUACCACUUCAUGUCACUAAGUUGCGAAAAUAUGAUUUUACUAGUGUGUUCUCAUGUACAACAUCCAGUAUUUGCAACCAUGUCUUGCUGCUCUUAAAUGCUCUUUAAAAACUAAUUAACAAAAUAAGCUGGCAGUACAACUUUUUAAGUAGAGAAUACUUAUGACUUUAUGAUUACUCGCCAAACAAAUAAUACAAGCAUGAGCUAUUGUACAUGUCAAAAUUGAAAACUUAAAAAAAAAUAAAAACUGCAGCUGUGACUAUUGUGCAGAUUUUGUCUCUUUUUAAAAAAAAUAAUGUAUGCUUUGUAGGAAAUUUGCGGUGGAGCACUUUCAAAUUAUUACACAAAGAAAUAUCAUGGUCUUUGAAUCAGUUGUGGUUGUAAAUUUCCAAGGGUUUAUGUUGUACUUCCAUUUUAAUCGAAUAAUUCCAUUCGCAAGAGUUGGCUGUUUAAUAUUGCGCUGUUUUGAUGCUGUUAGAAAACACUCAUUACAAUGCAAGUGUUGUAUUAACAUUUUAGAUAGAACACAUUCGCAAUACAAACAAACAUAUUUGACUACAUUUUGUAAAAUUGCCAUGUUGGGUAUUAUUUGUUGCUUCAACAAUUUAGAUUAUCGCUUGUAUACUACCUUUUCUGUUUCGUUCAUCAAUCUUUCUACUGAUGAAGCUCAGUGUAAAUAUUUUAAAUGAUGUUUUCAUUGUAAAUGAUUAUAAAAAAAACGGAUUUUCUUCACAA